UAGUAAUGUCACUUUUGACAAAAAUGGUGCGUUGUGCGUUUGGUGCUUUCUUCACGUUUAACAAAUUAGUGUGAAGUUCUUCUGAUUAAAUGUGGUUUUGUGUUGAGAAUUUAGAUACAAACUGAAUGUAGCACUUUUAUGAGAUUGAAUGAAAGUGAUAUGUUUAUUGUUUACCAAAUAAAGGAUUGUUUGUUAUCAGCAAUGAUAGGCGUCUGGAUGCUAUAAAGGGCGUUAAACUAAUAUAUUAUUAGAAUAAUAAUGGAAGGCCAGCCACUAAAAUGUCCCCUCUGUUGCAAUACUACAUUUAAUUCUAAACAGUCUUUGGUAGAACAUUUAUCAAAUUCUUUGAAAAUCAUAAGCUGUCCUCUCUGUGACUAUAAAAGUCCCUCACUGCCACACCUUAUUGAACAUUUGUCGCAAGAAAGCUGCCAGUCCGAAAGUAAUAUACUAAAUAAAAUAAAUGUACAAAGCAUAAUAUUUGAGCACAGGACUGAGGGCAAUAUUGAGAAUUCUGCAGAUAUAGAAAGCUCUGAUAUUAAAGUAUAUCAAAAUGAAAUUAGCACCAACUCAGAACAUCAAUUGGAUGCAAAUGAAGAUAAAAAAAUGUAUAUGGAAUUGUUCACAAAACAGCUGAAGCCAUGUUUACAAACAAGAGAGCUGAAAUUAAUAAAGGAGAAUGGAGAAAACCGUUACAUGAUCAUAACACAAGAUGAUGCAGACCUGAGUGCAGGAAACACUAUUGUUACUAAAAAUACUGAUGGCACUAUAUCUUUGACCACUGUAAAAGAUAUGGAGAUGGAGACAGAAGCAAUGAUGGCCACCGACCCUAUACCAGAUGAAACUCAAGAGGAGAUCUACAGCUGCAACACUUGCAAAGUGUCCUUCACUUCUGUCAUAGAACAUAUACAGAACUACCACAAUGACCAGGAAGUUGUUGUUGAGUCUGAAUAUUUGCAGGAGCCUAUCGAACAGAUCGAGAAUCAAACUGAGGGCACGCCUUUAGACUAUGAGCCAAUGGACAGCGAAGACCCGUUGGUGACUCCCGACAAACAGACUCCUCGACGCGUCAUCACCGACACUGGUGACAUAGUCGAAGAGCCGAUGCUGUUUAAAACUGAUGCUCAAAUUGUCACAGGUACUCUGGAUUUAGAAGUGGAUGACGAAACAAUCAAGCCGGAGCAUACGGAACAAGUUAGUGUUCUAACAAAACGAUACAUACAAGUCAACACGAUGUCGGGUGGAGUCAUCAAAGAUAUCGGCCAAGUGAAUGAGAAUGAAGAUGACAAAGACUCCACCAUAACAGAACAUAAGGAUAUUGUUGUCACAAGGCGCUAUAUACCAGUCGAUAAAGGCGCCUUAAAAGAUACCAUACAGACUGAUGCGAAAGAUAAAAUAGGUCAGUUCCACAAGGUGGUUGUGAAAGAAGUGCCAACUGACUGCGGGUUCGCGGUCAAAACGUAUCAGUGCUUAGCUUGCGACAUAUCCGUCACUAAUUUGGAUGAAUUUAAAGUCCAUCCGUGUAAAAUAUUAAAAUACCCGUGUCCCUAUUGUCCCGUGGCGUAUGAAAACUACAAAUCUCUCUGUGCUCAUAUGAAAGCACAUAAAGUUAAAAAAGAGCAACAUGCAUUGCCUGUAUCAUACGAAUGUGGCAUAUGCAGCACUGUGUUCCCGAGCAACAAGUCUCUGAAACUACACAAACGGAUGCACGAUCCUAUCAAGACUCGAGCCAUAGAGCCUCCAGUAGAGAACACGGACGGUACGAAAGUGAGUAAAGCAACGUACCGUUGUACCAUCUGCAACAAAAUGAUCCCGUGCGACUACAAGGCCAUACACCAGAACUCACACAACACUUUAGAGAAGAUGAACUGCGGCAUCUGCAAUAAGAAGUUCACGUCUCUAGAGUAUUUAGAGAUGCAUACCAGUGUACAUAAUGUUGAUAAAACUCCAAUAAACAACCCGGAUCUGAACCUGCCCUACAACUGUUUGUAUUGCAGCAGAAGAUUCGCCAGGCCACACGAGAAAGUCAAACAUGAGAGGAUACAUACAGGAGAGAAGCCCCACUCGUGUGAGAUCUGCGGCAAGUCGUUCCGCGUGUCGUACUGCCUCACUCUACACAUGCGCACCCACACCGGCGCACGGCCCUACGCCUGCCCGCACUGCGGGAAGAGGUUCAAGGCGCACAGUGUAUACAACCACCACUUGCUAACUCACUCUGAGGUGCGCGCCUACAAGUGUCCGUUCUGCCCGAAGGCCUUCAAGACCUCCGUGCAACUAGCUGGACACAAGAACUCUCACACUAAACCCUUCCAAUGCCAGCAUUGUAACAGGCCAUUUGCAUCGCUCUACGCAGUCCGAGUCCACACCGAGACGCAUUCGCGACAGAACAACUUGAAAUUUGUAUGUGACAUGUGUGGAGCGAGUUACGCUCGAGCCUUCGCCCUCAAGGACCAUAUCAAGCAGGCGCACAACCAGGAUCAGGAAUCUGAGGCGUCACCAUCACGUAGCAUACCAGCUGAUGAAGAUUGGAUGAUAAAACCCAACCCAGAUUCCCUCAACAAAGAUUUGACACAUGAAAUAGACCUGGGAAUAAGUGGUAUGAGUAGCAACGAACUAAUAGUUCCUUAAAGCAACAAUAAUUUUAUAAUUUGUUAUUUCUUAGGUGAUAAUAAAUCUACUUUUAUAAUACAAUAUUAUAGACAUGGUGUUAUUGUGAUUCCACAAAGUACACUAAAAAGACCUAAAGAGAAUUUACAUUCACUGUUGAGUGAGAGGAUCCCCUCUUAGUAUUUCUCCUCAAAAAGCUAGGCGACGUUUGUAGGUAUGCUCCCGUCAUCAAUAGAAAUGGUAGGGUACAGUAAAGGUGAUCAAUAUAGUUAUUCGUGUUAUUUUUCAAGCUUGGAUCUUAUGCUUUUAAUCGACCACUUAAAGUUCACAAUGAAUUACCCACAACAGGUAGGGGCCACAAAGUUAGUCAUUCUAUUAUAGUUACGGUAAUUAUUACUGGGUUCACCUCGCUCAAAUCCUAUGACUCAUUUGGCAAUAAUAGCUAAUCUGGGAGCCAUUUACACCAUAAAGAACUUACUCGAAGCUUUUGUUCUCCAGCUAAACGCUGUUUACCGGGUAAUAUGGAUUCUGCCUCUUAUCAGUUUAACUUUCUCCGGAUUUGUGUAAAUACUAACAUAUUCACUAUAGUUAUCCAAUUUAAGUCGCUAAUAAAACGGAACAAAAUAAAUGUCUUUAAUACUUAUUGUAGAAUCACAAUAAUACUAAUUUAAUAAUUUUGAAACUAGUGAUAUAGGUGUAGAAACUCAUAGAUCACGUAGGUCGUAUUUGAACGCAAUAGAGUUCAAUUUGAUUCUAUAUAUAAUGUCCCUAUUGGUUACUCCAAAGUGAUAUGUAUAAGGGAAUUUACGGUGAGUCAGAGCAACUAAUAAAUAUAUAUGUACUGAACUAAUUUGUAGAUAUAGAGAUAUAUUAGACAUUUUAGAACUGCAUACUACACAUUUGUGAGUGUAUGCAAGCACAUGGGAAUUAUGUAUUAUGCAUUUUUACUACAUUUUGCCUAAGUGGCACUGAUAGUGAUAUAAAAAAACCUGUCCAGUCUUAUAGUAAAAGGUACUGGGGAAAUUCAGCGUUAAUUCUCAUGUAUUUGCAUAGUAUCAUAAUAUGAAAACAAUACAAAAGCAAUAUUAAGAGCUUACCUACGUUUUUGUUUUCGAAAUUAUAUGGGAUUUACCUUGAAUAUAAAUGUUUGUAUAUUUAUUACUCUGUUACGCCGAAACUGUUGAAUGGAUUUAGAUGCAAUUUGCCAUGUUAAUAGACCAUAACAUCGUUUUGUCCUGAUAAAGCGAGUCACGAGCGUGGCGCAUUUUUAUUUAUAGAAAAUACCACGCAUACCAGUAUGUUAUUUAAAAUUAUUAUUAUUAUGAAAGAUAUUUUUUCUAAUAUGAUAAAGUUACACACCAAUUUUAUUAAACAAAACUGUAUUUUUCAUCAGCACUAAGUAAUAGCCAACUAUGGAAAUUGUUUCUGAAUAAUAAUAAUAUUUUUUUAAUAAAAUCACACGCUCUUUAAUGGGACUGCCUGCCAGAUACCAUUGCCAAAAAUGUAUUUCCGUAUAUGAUAUUUUAAUUCUAAUUUUCGAUAGUUACAUACAGGGGCGUGACAUGAUCUUUAUCCACAAUGCAGGCUGUGUGGGGUCUUUUCUUUUUACUUAUUACGCGCAUUACAUUGCCUUACGUGGUAAGGCAUGGUAAGGACGAGCAUGUGCUGAAGUAAAUGAAAUAACUAAUUUGUCUUUGUUAAUAGUCUACGAUACAGCACAUUUACAAGUGAACAUUUAAAAAAAUCUAGAUGAGCCCGGUAUUUCCUAACAGAAUACUCUAAGAAAAAUAAAGAAACACACUUAGCGCUCGGAGAUGUAUUAGUUUCCUUAGGACCUUUCACAUGCCGGGGUCACGGAUGGAUAGUCACAAAACAACGAGGUUCCGGCAUGAAGUAGAAACAGGGUAGUUUUUAGUCAGUAAGACACUCCGUCAAGCUUGACCCAUAGCGGGAGGAGCCAUUUGAUUACUUUUCAUCCAAAACGAGCAUACACGCAUCUUUUGUAGGAUACCCGGUGCUGAGUUUCGCAUCAUAUCUAGCAGCUAGGUUUUGCACAUAUGAACAAUACAUAAUAUUAUGUACUUACAGGAAAAUUAAUAUGAUAGUAGAAAGGAAUGCACGUACCAACAAUGAAGAGGCUAUCUCAGUCUAGUUUCGAGUGUGAUGUUAAUUGAUAAAUAGAAUCUCAAAUUAAAUACUUAGUAAAUUAGUAUUUAGGCUAACUUUAUAAAGUGUAGCUAAAUGAAGUCAAAAUAACUAUUAUGUACUUUUGUAAGUUACAACGAAGGUGUUUAUUUAACCUUAGAACAACAAUUUUGUUCAUUGUAUUGUAUAUUCUAUCUAUAAAAUAAUAUGAAUUAAACAUACUAGUGAUAUGUUAAGGGAUAUUGGACCUUAGUUUUCUAGAAAUUGUGCACAGCAUAAAACAAUAGUGAAUGAGCUGUAAUAAUUAACUCAUUAACGAUUGGGUCACUAAUGAAAUACUGUUUUUCUUUUUAAAUUAAGAACUUAUCUUCUCUUUCCCUUAAAAAAAGAUUUAAAAUAGUAACUAUUACAUAUCUAGAUGCUUAAAGUAGUAUUAAACUUAAAAUACUUGCUACAGUUUUUUAAAUAGCUAUGUAAAUUUUAAAACUAUCUAAAAAUUUAAUUAGUAAUGUAUUCUCUUCUAUUUUUAACGUUCUUGACAUUUGUAUAUUUCAGAGAAUAUAAAUAAAUGCUAUGCAGUUAUUAUUUUUACUGAUUUAUUCAGCUGAUUGUUCAUUUUGUUUUUGUAAAUAUGUAUGUAUGUGUUCAAUUGUAUGUUAUUGUAAAUAAUUGUAAUAUGAGACAAUACUGUGUGUGAUGUCUACGCACAUUAGUGAAAAUGUUAUUGCGUUUAUAAGCUUGUUGUGUAUUUUAUAAAAUACCAAUUAAACCGACCAUGUUUAUAUUUUAAUUUUAAGACCACAAUCAAAUGUCAGUAUCAUGGUAAUUAGCGUGCUGUUGAUGUUCUAAUACAGCGUAAGAAAUGAAAAGGCGCAUAUAAUUUUAUAUGAAAUAAUUUUUAUUGGAAGUUUAAUCAAAUAUCCUAGAAAUGGCACAUUGUUACUCAAGUUUUUGGUAUACAGCUGUAUGUAUUGUUGCCACUACAAUUUUAAUCAAAUAAAUCAUUAAUUCUAAA